UUCCCCUAGCUAGGGGCGAGGUGGGGCCAGGUUCGUAGCGGAAGUGAGUCAGUGCAAGAAAAAAAAGAGGGGGCCAGAAGUCAGCGGCGCGGGUUCCUCCCACCUCCCCUUCGCUCCGCUUGCGCAAGCGCGUGCGUGCGUGCGCGGCUCUGGCGGCUGGGCGUCGAACUCGCUGAAGUCGGGCGGAUCCUGAGGCGACCGUGAUAAUUUGGUUUCAGGGGCAGGUGCAGGAGAAGCGUCCCAAGCCGAGGCUAAGGAUCUAGGAAAGCGAUGAGAAACCAAAGGCUGACAGAAGUUAUUUGACUUGUCCUGGGUCCUGCGGCUCACAAUUCUCUGAGACACGUGCUGGGUUCUCCACAUUCUGCCUUUCCCCAAGGACGGGGCGUAGAGGAGGAGGCAGCGACUUCCGGGCUCCCGAUGGAGUCCGUGACGUUCCAGGAUGUGGCUGUGGACUUCACCCACGACGAGUGGGGACGCUUGGAGCCCGCUCAGAAGGACCUGUACAGGGACGUGAUGCUGGAGAACUAUCAGAACUUUGUCUCCCUGGGAGGACUACCAGCCCCCAAACCUCAUGUGAUCUCCCAGUUGGAGAGAGGAGAAACACCAUGCCCAGCAGAGAGAGAAGCCCCGAGGGCUAUUUGCCAAGAUUCUAUUAUUUGGAAGACCAGAUUAGAAACAAAGGAGUCGGCUUCAAAGCAGGACAUUUCUAUGGGAGGAUCAUCCAAGGAGAAAUGUUCAAGGAUUGCCAUCUGGGAUUCCAAAUUACCCGAAGACUGGAAUUCUGGGGUCAGUUUGGAGAGGCAGAAUCAGGAGAGAUUGUCCCAGCAAGUGUCGAUCAGUCACAGAAUAAUUUCUAAUGAGUCAGAUGUUCCUGAAUGUAAUAUUUUUGGGAGAAGGUUCAAGGUAGGGUCAAUUCUUAUUCCAAAACAGAAUGUUGCUAUAGGAGAACAGCAGAGUCAAUCUGAUAUCAUUGGAAAGAGCCUCCUUCCAUCCUCAGAUGUUAUUAAGCAUAAUAAGAUUGCCUUAGGGAGGAAACUGUGUAAGUUUAAAUCUAAGAAGCCACUCAAUUAUCAUUCAGACCUUUUUCAGUUUCAGAGAAUCCAUCCUGGAGAGAAACCUCUUAAAUGUAGUCAUUGUGGGAAAGCCUUUGGAAGCAGAUCAUGCCUUAUUGCACAUCAGAGAAUCCAUACUGGAGAGAAGCCCUUUGAAUGUACAGAAUGUGGGAAAGCCUACAGGCGUAAGGCACAUCUUACUCAACACCAAAGAAUCCAUACUGGAGAGAAGCCCUAUAAGUGUAAUGACUGUGGGAAAGCUUUCAGCAUUGAUUCAUACCUCAUUAAACACCAGAGAAUCCAUACUGGAGAGAGGCCCUAUAAAUGUAAUCAGUGUGGGAAAGUCUUUAGCCAGAAAGGUCACCUUAAUCAACACUUGAGAAUUCAUACUGGAGAGAAACCCUACGAAUGUAAUGAAUGUGGGAAAACCUUUGGUCAGUCUAGACACCUUAGUGAACAUAAACGAACUCAUAGUCAAGAGAAACCCUUUGAAUGCAAUGAAUGUGGGAAACUCUUCAGACAGCUGAGAAACCUUAGUGAACAUCAGAGGAUUCACACUGGAGAAAAACCCUAUAAAUGUAAUGAAUGUGGAAAGGCGUUCAGCAACAAUUAUGUCCUUAUUCAGCAUGAAAGAAUUCAUACAGGAGAGAAACCUUAUAUAUGUAAUGAAUGUGGGAAGGCCUUCAGUCGUGGGACAUACCUUAUGAAACACAAGAGAAUUCACACCGGAGAGAUACCCUAUAAAUGUAACAACUGUAGGAAAGAAUUCACUGACAAAGCAUCUUUUAUUUACCAUCAGAGAAUCCAUACUGGAGAGAAACUUCACAAGUGUAUUGAAUGUGGGAAAACUUUCAGCCAAAAAGGAAGUCUCAAAAUGCACAAAAUGAUUCAUACUGGAGAGAAACCAUUUGAAUGUCAUGAAUGUGGGAAAACUUUCAGAAAUGGGGGUCACCUGAGCGUACAUAAGAGAAUCCAUACUGGAGAGAAACCCUUUGUAUGUAAUGAAUGUGGGAAGGCCUUCAGAGAUAGUGGAGGCCUUAGUGCGCAUCAGGAAAAACAUGGAGAGAAACGGUAUACUUGUGAUGACUGUGGCAAAACCUUCAGAAAUAAGGGAUACUUUCGUGUCCAUCAGAAGACUCACACUCAGGAGAGACAUUAUCAUUGUAAUGAAUGUGGGAAACAUUUCAGUCUUAGGGGAUCCUUCAUUAUUCAUCAGCGAGUCCACACCGGAGAGAAGCCCUAUAAAUGUAAUAUUUGUGGGAAAGCUUUCAGUUACAAUACAUCCUACAGUAAACAUCUAAGGACUCAUACAGGAGAGAAGCCCUAUAAAUGUAAUCAGUGUGCAAAAGCUUUUACCCAGAGGGACUACCUCAUUGAACAUGAAAGAAUCCAUACUGGAGAGAAACCAUUUAAAUGUAACGAAUGUGGAAGAGCCUUCAGACAGAAACAAACUUAUAAUGCACAUAAGAAAAUUCAUACUAGAAAGCUUUUAAAUAUAAUUAAUGUGGGAAAACUUUCAGCUAGAGGGAAUACAUUAUAGGAAGUCUGGUUUUAAUACCAGUGAGAAUCCCCAUAGAUAUUAGAAAUAUGAGAAAGUGAAAAUAUGAGAAAUAGGGAAAGCUACUAAUUCUGAAAAUGCAUACUCAAGAAAAACCCUAUGAACAUAAAUAACAAAUGGCCAAAUCUUAGACGUGUUUCAUUUAGCAGAUAAUUCACGCAGAUUAACUGUAGCUUUAAUAAUUUGGGGAAUACUUCCUAUAGUCUUGUCAUCUCAAGAAUCAGAAUGUCACAUUUUGUCCCAACAUUCAAUAUUCGAGACUUUGAGACAGAAAAGUGAUCACAAUGACAAAACUCCCAUGUCCCUUUCUGUUGGAAUACACAAUUUUUGCUGACAUCUCAUGGUUAAAUUGCAUAAGAGCAGGCAGGCUUUGAAAGAGCUCCUAUACUACAAGAGUUCCAGACCACAAUUUUUUAAAAUCCACUAAAAAAAUCAAAAAGGAGAAACCUUGGCAACUUAGAGCAAAGAUGCUCUAAAACGCAAUAGAUAAGUGACCUAAGAUGACUUUCCAGCCCAUAGCAGGAGGAUACGUAUUGGUAAGAGUACUUUUCUAUAUGUAUCUCUGAUGUAGAAAUUCAUCACUCUUUGGCUCAGAUGGGACCCUGUUAACAUGUUCUUGCUGCUCUGGCCAGAAGUCUGAGAUAGAAUCAUAGAAUAUUAAAACUGGAAGAUAAAACCUGCCUUAACUACCUUUGGUCCUUCAAGAUGGAAGUUGGAGAAUAGGAGUUAUUUUUUAUUCUUCCCCUGCUAUGUGGGAAAAUGAUGUUUCCAGCAAAUUCUUCCCUUGGGGAAAAUGAAACUCACUGGUGGUGAGUGGCUAUCAAUUACUUGACUCUAGCGAUCCCAAAUUCUUCCCCAGCUUGUGGAGGCCUUGGCCUCACUGUUGAUAGAAGUUUGGAACAACUGUACAAGUUCCUGAGGAAAGUGGGGCCUGACAGAGAAGACUAUGUAGGUGCACUUCCUUUGUGUCAUUUGUUUUUGUGUUUCAUGCCAUGUUAGGUUGGACUAGAAAGGGAACUGAAGACACCUAGGUGAUCAAAAUAAGCCAAAGUGUCCCAUGCCCAGGGUAAAUCCUGGGGUGAGACAGAUCAAACCUUCACUAACAUUUCUUAUUUCAGGUACAAAUUUUCUAGUCAGGUACCAGGUCAGAACUUUGACCUGCUGAAUGAUUCCACAAUUCAAAUAAUAGAAUCUCAUUUAUUUGAUCAGGGAAAAGAUUCUCUGGGUUCCCAUCGAUAUGCCUAGUUAUCAUCUUGGAGCCUUUCAGAAAAUCCCACAUAAGGAGCUUCACCAAAUAUCAUUAAAAUAACCUUUCCAGAUCCCCAUCCACAGAAGACUGUUGGGCCAUGUGUUCCAUCAUAAAUACAUGCCAGUGUUUGCUGGGAGACACCCUGGGCUCAAGUAGAAAGCUCCACUUUAAGCGCCCACGUGAUGUGGAUCUCAAUGGGUCAACCCUACCAUCAGAGGAAGGGAGCCAUAUACUCUGCCCUUUUACAGUCCAUGUGGCAGCCUGUCCUCAUUUUGUUAGCAUACCCAAUUCAGCUACAAGAUGUCACUAAGUAUUAAGGUCAUCUGAUGAGAGAUAGGAGAAGGGUUUGAGGCUCGGUACCCUAGCUAGUCUUUCUAAUCCAGUUAAUCCUACCUUUCAGUCUAUCCAAUAAACAGGCAUAAAAUAAGCUGCCUCCAACCCCUCCCUCCAUCCCUCCAAAUCAUAGUUAUUAACCAAAAACGAGCAUGGAGGGGUAGGAGAAACAAGGAGUGCUCUCCAGGCAGUACUGUAGCAUCACAGUAGUUGAUGUGUUUACAAGGACAAAGAGAUGCUUUAAGGCAGACAUCUCGGUGGCAGCUGGGAUACUGAACCUGAAUUUAUGUUAAGAAUCACCAAGAGUUUCAAAUGAUCAGUUGUAGCUCUUUCCCUUUUUCCCAGUGGCUUUGCUUUGGGCCUUCUACCAUGAAUCGUUGACAUCUUUCCUUCUCUCACAGCUACCACCCUUUCUGCUAGAACGCUCAUCACCUCUUGUCUAGAUUAUUACAAGAGUUCCCUAAGCAGUCUCGCUACCUGAAGGUUUUCCAAUUCUACUCUGUUCUCCACACCAUUAUUAAAAAUAUUUUCCUUAAACACAAGGCUAUUACGCUGUGAUUCAAACUCCAGUGACUCCCUGUUGCCUUGGAUAAAAUAAACUAGCUUUAAAAACCCUUUGUGAGCUGGCCCCAGCGUGUCUUGGCAGCCUUUCCUGCAGUUCAGGCAAAUUGGUCUCUCUCUUCUCGUGUGAUAUAGCCCUCCACUUUGUAUUUAUUUGUAUGUGUUCUCCUUAUAUUCUGUAUAUAUUUAUAUAUGUUCUAUCUCAUUAGAAUGGGACCUCCUUAAGAGUGGGCAUUGUUUCAUGAUUUGUAUUUAUUUGUAUUUCUGCCUAGCACAGUGCCUGACGUAGUAGAUGCUUAUUGAUUGAUGGAUCUCCCGUUCUCUUCCAGGUCCUAGUCCAGAAAUAUGGUAUGGAUCAUUGGGCCAGUCUGAUCUGUUGGGCUGGCCUGAAGGACCAGGCCCUUAUUCUCUGUGGGUAUAACACUUUUCCUCCUAUGUAGUUUGGGGGUAUUAAGACAUAAUGGCUGCGUACUUCUGCCCCUCUCCAGCCACCCCAGUGGCCCGUGCUUCUAAGGCAGACCCGAUCAUACUCUGAUUGGGAAGCAGUGUGUUAUACUAGAGCCAGCCAUGGGUAUUGAGUCAGAAAAGAUCUGGGCCUGAAUUCCUAGAUCUAACAUUUACUAGGUUUGUAAUCUUUAACAGUCCGUGUAAUCUCCUAAGUUUAUUAGUUAGCCUCUCCUUUGUUCUCCUUAGUUUAUUCUAGUUUGGAUCUUAUUCUCACUAAAAGAAAAGGAUGUGGUUUCUGGAACAGAAAUGGUAGUGGGAAACCUAGAAGGAAAUAAAGGCUCCUAGAGUAGAGAUAGCUAGAGGACAAGGAGGCAAAGUCUAGUCUGACACACCCUCAAUUUUUAUUGGAAAGUAGAAAAAAUGGUUGGAAAGGGAAGAUAGGAUUCUGUGAACUAAAUUGCUACAGGGGAAGUCAGCUCCAGAAGGGUGGGCGAUGUUCAGGAAUGAGGUUCUGCAGACACAAAGGAAAACCAUUCUGAUGAGGAAAAUAAGAGACUGAAGUGGAUGCAUAGGAUCCUUACUCUUUUAAAGACAGAUGUAAAGAAGAUGAUAACAAAGAUAAGAAUUGGCAUUAACAGAAGCCUUCGUCUAUAAAAAAAUAUUGGCAGGAAUGCUAAAACCUCCAAAUGAACUAUGGAUGAUGAGGAAAGCCCAGGACAACAAAAAAGGGUUAUUUCAGUUAUAUUAGGAGCGAAAGGAGAAUAAAAGCAUGGAUAGAAAUGUUUGCUUGAAACAGAGGGAGCAAUGUUAACAGACAACAGAAAGCAGGGCUAUAUGCUUCUCAUUUUGCAUUAUCUCACCCAAAGAGAAUGAACUUUGCAAAUGGAAAUGGUGGCAGAAAUGGCCAAUAGAUUGAUACUCAGUAAGAUGAUAUAGUAAGAUAGUACCUGCUCACCCUGGAUGAAUUCAAGCAACCUGGCCCAGUUGAUCUACAUUCUUGGGUCCAGAAAGAACUGGUAGAUGAAAUUGCUGAGAAACUAAUAUUUGAACACUCAUGGAGAAUGGAAGUGGUAACCCAAGAUUGGAGAAGGGCAAAUGUCUUGCUUUGCAAAAAAGGGAAGAAAAUAGUCUGCACACUUGGGCCAGUGAGCUUGACCUUGAUCCCUGGGAAAUUUCUAGGUAGAUCAUUAAUGUAAACAUCCGAAAAACAGAGGCAGUAAUUACAGAGCGCGAACAGUGGGACGUGCCAGACUAACCUUUCUUUUCUGACAGGGUUGUUAAGCUGGUAGGAGGUAAUGCUAAUGAUGGAAUUUACCUAGGUUUUUAGCAAAAACAUUUGACAAGUAUCUUGUACUAUUCUUAUGGAGAAGCAUGUCAGAUAACCAUAUCAUUGGGGAAAGUCAUUUUCAGUGGUUGGAUAAUGGCCUGUUCAUCAGAGGAAGUAAAGCUGGGAGUAUAGCAAGCAGCAGGUGAUGGGAUAUAAAAGAAUAUUCACAGGUUCAAGAAUUGGGUUAGAUCUAACAAGUCAAAUGUCAGUGGGGAUAAAUAUAAAGCCACUUACUUUUAUAGUGGCCUGUGUCCUGAAUGUGAGUCAGCAGUGUGGUGUGGUAGUCAAAAAACUAAAUAUGCCCUUAGCUGCCCUGGAAAGUUUCAAUCCUACUAUGCCUUGCUCUCUUGGCAGACCUUAUCUGGGGUACUGUGUUCUGGUCUAGUUGAUACUAUAUAAAUAAGGGCAUUAAUAAGCCUGGAGAAUAUCCAGAAGAGGGCAUCUGGGAUGGUGAAAGGCCUUGAAUCUGUGUCAUAUGAAGACCAGUUUAAAGAAAGGAGGCAUGUGGAGAAAAGAAGACAUGAAGGGGGAAUUAAAACUAGUCACUGUGGCCCCCUGCUUCUUUAUGCUAAUUGAUUACAUUCCUUUUAAAAAUUUCAUUAAAGAUUUUAGGGGCAACUAGGUGGCUCAGUGGAUAUACCUCCAGGCCUAGAGAGGAGAGGUCUAGGGUUCAAAUGUGGCUUCUGGCACUUCCUAGCUGUGUGACCCUGGGCAAGUCACAACUCCAAUUGCCUACCCCUUGCAGCUCUUCUGCCUUGGAACUGAUACUUAGUAUUGAUUCCAAGACAAGGUAAGAGUUAAAAUCUUUUUCAUUAAGAUUAUCCAAUAACUUUUUUUUUUUUGGCCAGCAUCUUUUAUCUGGUUUUAAAAUCAAGUUAAGCCUUUUACCUUAAAGAACUCAGCACCCACCUUCUCUUUCCUCCAUAGUUAGCAAUAGACUUAUCUGUUAAUAGGAUUACUUACUUGUUGAAGAUUGUGCAGCAACCUCUGUAAUCCUGCUUUUAUUUGGGGGGGAUAAUCAGCUCAUUGACUCAUCUGCCUUAUUUCUUCCCUUGAAGUGGGUUUUGACAAAGUUUUGGCUGUUCAGUUUGACCACUUGGAUUUUGGAAAAUCUCAUUUUACCUCUUUGCUAGGUCACAAGCAGUCAGCAGUGUUGGUUGAACCUUCUCGUAUCUUGGUUGUGUCUCCCCUUUCUCAUUCUGAGUUUGACUACUCUGUGAUUUUUCUUAUUAAAAUUAAACUGAAAAAUAAAAGUGAUAUACUGGUUGCAAA